CACUGCUCUGCGCAUGCUUUGUACAUUUACUUAGGUGCCGACAAGGAGAAUGAGAGCUUCUUUAGUUGAUGAUUAUUUCCCACGCUCUCGUGACAUUGGUUUUUGAUUCAAAGAUGAUAGUAUGAGGAGUCACUCUUAAGGGUCACGAGGUUAAUGACAUACUAAAAUGGUACUAGCCUCGCUUACGUACUACCCAUCACCUCAAUUCCUUUCGGGGCCAUGCCAUAAAAUACCCACAUACCUUCUUAAUAUUGCUCAUUGGUUAAAAAUUCGGGCUUUUUCGACUUCUAUCCUAAAUACGGAUUUUGGUGGAGAGGCCAACUUAGAAAAUGUUUAUUUAGUUCUCAGUCAAGAUUCUAGGUUGAGCGAAAUAUUUCAGGCACUCGUUAACGUCUAUCUAUUCGAUUGGAUCUCAGAAAGAAUAUGAACAUCCGGGAACUUUUAUCACGUGACCUUGAUGACGUUAAUGCGUGCGCAGAUAAAACAGUCGAAUUUCUGAAUCGUAGUAUUCAAACACGCAAAGUUGUGAUGAAGUUUUCUUUGCAGCCUUAAUAAAAUGGAUGAAACCUAUGCAGAAAGAGCAAAUGAGAACACCGGCAGACAAAGAAACAAUGCUGGACCGCUACCAAGGACUCUAUACGACUUGUUUCUGAAUUGUCUUCGCGCGCGUUCCGCAACCACCCUCCCUGAGUGGAAAUGUUGUUGGCCUAGCGGACCCGAAUUAAAAGCGGCGGGUUUUCCGAAACCGAGAGGUGGAAUAACAAGACGAGAAAGAUUUAAGAGUUGGGCUGAACGCAUGGAUAUACGCUUUGACGCUGAAGCAAACUGUCAUGUACUCGUUUACAAGAGAACUGGUAAGAUAAUUAUACCAGUGGAAGAAUUUCAAACCGUGGUGCGAAAAGUUCAUUCGAUAGGACAUUAUGACGCAAGGAAAACAUUUUCUGUGAUACAAGAAAAAUACACUGUGGGCCAUAGAGACUUUGGAAUUGACAAAAGUAUUAUUAGUGUUGUGGUAGAAACAUGUCCUAGCUGCCUUAUGAAAGGAAAACUUGCAAAUGGACUCAGAAAUGGUGAUAAUCAUCAGCUGGAACAUGACAGACUACCCCCGGUAACUUAUAAUGGGAAGUUUUUGAGUGAUGCCAAAUCAAUGGUUGCCAAUGCCCCUGAUAGCAAGUGUAUAUGGUUUGACAAAUCAGUCCUCACAGACAAUCAAGAUUUUAACAGUAAACUUCAAGGUUUGAUUAAUGAACUGAGAGGGGAGUUAGGAGCCGUUCUAAGAGGAAGCAGAGAUGCAAGGGAUAGACUUCUGAACAAAAUAUCAAUCACAAAAUUCGUUGUCAAUGAGCAGAAGAAUUCAUCACAACAAUCGACAGAAAUACCGGAAUAUAAUCAAAAAUUUAUAGAUGACAUGAAAUCUCUGCUUGAAAGCUACAGAAUUCAUGGGAGAGAAAAGUUGUUUCACGCCGAUAUGGAACUUCUUGCUGGGGCCUACAAAACCGCAGGCUACACAGACUUGUUUCUCCAAAGCGUGGAGGCACUCAUACGCUCAUUGUUAUCCAGAUGACACCUGCUACGUGCCUGGACAUAAUCAAGUUCUUGUUUCGUUCUACCUGUUUUUUACUCGCGCGUCUUCUCGUUCGUGCGUGUCGUUCCCGCGCGCCUUUUUAUUGUAUUCGUGUGUGGUUCUUUGAUUGUACCUCUUGAUUAAUUCGAUUGGUUGAUUUCGAGGGGAAUUUUUUGUCCUGAAAAUAAACGCGACGGCAAGUGAUGCUAAGCUCCGUCUCGAAGAAUCGACUGAAGUAGAAAGUUUUCCUUUAAUUAAAGUCGCCAUUCAACUGGUUUCUUUUGUUUUAGUCAAAAUAUCCUACGUGCAGCCGUACCCUCCCCCCCGAGGAGGAACGGAAGGGAGGAAACGUCUACGCAACCUGACACAAAUCGUGUUCUGUGACGUCACUUCCUUCCGUUUCUCCACGAGGGAAGGGUACGGCUACACGUUUGCUAGAGUCAAAACUGAGACUCACCGAAAUCUGGACUGGACUUCUUAUAUCACUUCAUAUUUUCUCUUCCUCGAGCGAGACGUGCGAAGGUAUCUGAUUCAAGUGGUGCAGUGCCUGCUUUGAUGAAACCAGUGAAGAAACCUACAACCAGCAUUGUGACAGCUUAUGAUCGAGGUAUCUUAAUUCUUCCGAGAUGUGAGGCUUUAAGGACGAAAAAAAAUAUGUAUUUUUCCAACAGUUUUUAUACCUGCAAAACAUGGGGAAAAACACUAAGCAUUAGACAAUGGAAGCCAACAGGAUCAAAUAUAAGGUUUCGGACAGUCUUGAAAUUCGGUUUUCAUGAACACGAAUAAAGGCAGAGUGCUGCCUCGGUGGGAGUAUUACUAGACAAUUUGGUUUUAUCAACUUCGUUGAUGAUAUAGAUUGGCCAUGGUAAAGAAUUUCUAAGCUGACCUUUCGAGCGUUAGCCCUUUGUUAGAGCAUAAGGAAGGACUACCGUUCAAACGGCAGCUUUAGAAACUCCGCUGUGGCCAACUGGUAAAACCAAAUUGUUAUGGGUGAGGAUUAGGUUAGGGGUGGCUACUUCAAGGCUUCCAUAUUUGAUUGCUGUUCUUUUGUUUACGAUGAAACAACACCUUUCUCUACGAACAUUUUGUGUGUGGCUAUUACUCAGCUCUAAAUAUGCAACUAAUACAAUUUUUUUUUCAAUGUGUGGGAUUUUUUUCCCUAUGGUAAUUCUUAAAAUCAUCUUGUUUCUGCUGUAUCAUCAAGCUUUGUGGUAACUGGGAGGAUUCUCUGUUAAAACGGCAACUCUCGGAAAUUUGCUCGCUUCCAUUCGUGCUGGUCUAGAGAGGGAGUUGCGUAGUUGGAGGAAAGCCAUUUUUUCAGUGCUAAACCAGGGCAUGACCUUAACUUUCAGUUCGCUUAUAAAGUCAAAAUUUCUGGCCUUCUGUGUUAAUGUUGCCUUUCCUCCGCUACGGAAGAAUAGGUUGCUUAUUCCAGCCGAUAUAGUUAGGCCAAACUGUUUUUGAAACACCAAAAUCAGACACUAAUACCUACCCCCUAGUCUGUUCAUGUUGUCUUUCAGUAACAUAAUUAAAAACAUACAAACUGU